CCAGUCUCCGCCCCCCCGGGAGCCGGAGAUCUCGGUUGGACUGAGACGCUCGAUCCUCCGGGAGCGGGCAGCAGGAUUUCAACAUGGACAUCAAUCUCAGAGACUAUAAUAACAGAACACUUGCCUCAGAGAACGACUCUGUUUUUUCAUUGGCUUCCCAUUUCCCUACGUGGGAAGACUAUAAAAACAGUGUUGACGACAUACAGUUCUUUUUGAUUGGGCUCUACACAUUGAUCAGUUUUGCUGGCUUUGUGGGAAAUCUGCUUAUUCUUGUGGCUUUAGUGAAGUGCAAGCAAAAAACAAUAAUAAAUCUCCUCAUUGGAAGCUUAGCCUUUUCAGACACCUUAGUGGUAGUUUUUUGUUCUCCCUUCACAUUGACAUCUGUUCUCCUUGAUCAGUGGAUGUUUGGCAAAAUUAUGUGCCACGUGAUUCCUUUCCUCCAGUGUAUGUCUGUCCUAGUUUCCACUUGGGUGUUAAUUUCUAUUGCUAUUGUCCGAUACUACUUGAUCCGUCACCCUCUUUCUAGCAACUUGACACUGAAGCAUGGCUGUUACCUCAUUUUGAUCAUCUGGACUGUUGGUUUAGCCAUUUGCUCUCCUCUGCUUGUUUUUCACAAGAUUGUAGAUCUUCAUGAUACACUGAAUCUAGAAGCACUCAAAAGCAAGCACUUGUGUGUGGAGUCAUGGCCAUCUGCUUGGUACAGAAUUGCUUUCACUAUUUCUUUAUUACUCAUGCAGUACAUUUUGCCUUUGGUUUGCUUAACGGUAAGUCAUACCAGAGUCUGCAGAUCUGUCAGUUCCAGAUUGUCAGGCAAAGAAAGAAGACUAGAAGAGAAUGAGAUGAUCAACUUAACCCUUCACGCUCCCAAGAGUCGUGGGUCUCAAGGACAGUUCUGUAGCUCUGAAAGGUGGAGUUAUACUUUGGUCAGGAAACACCGAAGGAAGUAUAGUAAGAAGACUGCUAGUGUGAUGCCAGCAAUCAUAAGGCAUCCACAGGAUGGUAAUUCUGGAAAUCUACCAGAAAUGUCUGGCGAGGAAAGAAGCCAGCUUUCUUCAUCUAGCAAAUUCAUACCAGGAAUACCUAUCUGCUUUGAGGUCAAACCAGAACAUUCAGAAAUGCACAGAGUGGCAGCAGUAGCCCGACCAACCAUUCAGAUCAAGAAAAGGUCUCGCCAGGUGUUCUGCCGACUGACAGUGCUGAUCUUAGUUUUUGCAGUCAGUUGGAUGCCCCUUCAUGUUUUUCAUGUUGUGACUGACUUCAAUGGCAAUGUAAUCUCAAACAAGCAUUUUAAAUUGGUCUACUGCGUUUGCCAUUUGCUAGGGAUGAUGUCUUGCUGUUUAAAUCCCAUUUUAUAUGGAUUCCUUAACAAUGGUAUAAAAGCUGAUUUGAUAGCCCUUAUGCCAUGCUUACAAAUAUCGUGAUGCUCUAUUAAUAAACAGUAAAAUAUAAAACAAAUUAUUAUGCUCACAGAUUCACUGGACCAUGGAAUAUUUAAUCUGUGACAGUGGGUGAUGGCCAGGAGUUGCUGAACAUUUAAUGCGAAAGUGUUCAAUACAGUAUCUAAAUUAUUCUCCACAGGUAGAUGCCUCACAUCACGUUUUGACUGGAUAUUCCAAAGUCAUCUAAUUUUCUUCCAUCACAGUGGACU